AUGUCAUCAAUAAUAGUUCAUCAUGAAGCAAUUACAAUUACAACAACUUUUGCCAUCAUUAUUAUAUAUACCAAUUUGGUUGCUUGUAUAGAUUUUUCGAAAGUUGUUAAUUGGGAAAAGCGUACACUAACAUGUUUUGGUAAUGAUAUUCAAAAUGGAGCUAAUUAUGGAGCAAAAUGCAAAUUAACAAUUGCUGAUAGCUCGAAACUUCUCGAAACCGAAUGUUUUGAUGAAAAAUAUAUGGCAGAAUUAUUUGGUGAAACAAGAAAAA